AUGUUCCCUUGGAUCGGAAAGACAGCUGUUGUUACAGGCGCAAGUUCAGGCAUCGGCGCUGCCAUUGUUCUCGACUUGGCAAAGCACGGAGUCAAUGUCGUUGGUCUUGCUCGUCGUAAGGACCGUGUUGAAGCACUUGCUGCUGCCCACAAAGACUUUAAAGGCAAAAUUACUGCCCACGAAUGUGACGUAAGUGAUCCAAAGUCCAUCAAAAAGACUUUCGAAUGGCUCGAAUCGAGUGUCGGCAAAGUUCACAUCUGGAUCAACAAUGCUGGAGUUUGGCGUGCCAAUCAAUUAUCAGGCGAUAAGUUAACUGACGAGGAAAUUAUCGAACAGAUUAACACAAAUUUCACGGGACUCGCCUUAUGCUCACGCAAAGCUGUGAAGAUGAUGCAAAAACAUGGCGAGGAAUCGUACGUCAUCAAUAUUGGUUCGUUAGCUGGACAAAUUUCGGGUAAUAUAAGUCAAGCUCAGUUUGGAACGAAUGUAUAUGCGGCAACAAAACAUGCUGUGAAGAAUUUGUCUGAAAUUUUGUGGUAUGAGCUCAUGUCGAAACCUAAUAACAACAUCAGAGUUUCGAAUGUUAGUCCAGGAGUCGUCAAAACUGAACUUGGAAUCGUUGCGGGACUCAAAAAAGAAGACAUGGAUAAAAUUACGGGAUUAAUUUCUGAAGAUGUUUCCAACGCCGUCAAUUACAUCCUUGGAACUCCAAAUCGUGUUAACAUUACUGAACUAACAAUUCGCCCAAGAACAGCUCUAGCCUAG